AGCGGCGCGGAGGGGCGGUGCCAUCUCGCGGACCGGCGCUACCUCGCGGAGCCGUGCCUGGCCGCCUCGCGGUCCGCCCCGUUCCCGGGACUCCGGAGACCGUCCUUCCGCAGGACCACAAGUCUCCGGCUGUGUCAGCCGGAGUCGGUGCCAGCCGUUUCAUCGUCGUGGCCCCCCACCCCGGGAGCUCUGGGAGCCCGGGUGACCGCGUAGAAAUGAACACUGAAGCAGAGCAGCAGCUUCUCCAUCAUGCCAGAAAUGGCAACGUUGAAGAAGUUAGACAGUUAUUAGAAACCAUGGAAAGAAAUGAAGUAAUUGCUGACAUUAAUUGCAAAGGAAGAAGUAAGUCUAAUUUAGGCUGGACACCUCUUCAUCUGGCAUGCUAUUUUGGACAUAGACAAGUGGUCCAGGAUCUGUUAAAGGCUGGUGCAGAAGUGAAUGUAUUGAAUGACAUGGGAGACACACCGCUUCAUCGAGCUGCCUUUACAGGACGAAAGAGAAUGACAACCCUGAAAUAUAGGCAUAAACAUUGCCAUUUCUCACAGUUUGAGCUUCCCAGGAAGCCAGCUGAGCUGGAGGAGUUGGUAAUGCUUCUUUUAGAAUAUAAUGCAGAUGCUACUGUUGUUAAUGGGAGUGGACAGACAGCAAAAGAAGUCACUUAUGACAAAGAAAUCAGAAACAUGCUUGAAGGUAAAUAUGAUGGAUCUUAA